GGUCACGACGCCAUGUCACUUCCGUUGAAAAGAGUCUCGUACUCAAACUGUACAUAACGUCGUGGCAUAUUGGCUUUGGCUCUGACGUACACACAGGCAUUGAGAAGAUAAUUCACAAUGCAAAAAUACGGGCUCACUUUUCUCGGUUUUCUCUGCAUAUUCGCGGUUGCUAGCGCCGGUGGACCCACCCUCGUGCUCCUCGAUAAUCUUGCUAUCAAGGAGACACACUCGAUCUUCUUCAAAUGGCUACAAGAUCGGGAUUACACUCUGACAUUCAAACUGGCUGAUGAUGCCAACCUGGUGCUCUCCAAAUACGGAGAAUUCUUAUACAAACACCUGAUAAUAUUCGCGCCAUCAGUGGAAGAGUUCGGUGGAGCUCUGAAUGUCGAUGCUGUCACAGAUUUUAUCGAUGGAGGUGGCAACGUUCUAGUGGCGGGAUCCUCCCACUCCGGAGAUGUUCUCCGUGAACUAGCCUCUGAGAACGGCUUCGAAGUCGACGAGGAAGGAGCAACAGUCAUUGAUCAUCUGAAUUACGAUGUCAGUGACAGCGGUCAUCACACGACGAUCGUUGCAGACUCUGAGAAUCUCAUCAAUGCCCCAGUCAUCGUGGGGAGCAAAGACGUUGCUCCACUGCUUUACCAGGGAACUGGGCUCAUUGCUGAUCCAGAGAACCCCCUUGUACUGCGAUUGCUCACCGCUUCGAGCUCGGCCUACUCUUAUAACUCUGAUCAACCUGUUAAGGAAUAUCCUCACGCUGUGGGGAAGAACACUUUGUUGAUUGCUGCACUGCAGGCGAGGAACAAUGCUCGUGUGCUUUUCUCAGGGUCUCUCUAUUUCUUUAGCGAUGAGGCAUUCACUAGUUCUGUUCAGAAAGCUCAAGGUGGAAAAAAAUACGAAAAAUCAGGAAACGAAGCUGUAGCAAAAGCCAUGACCCAAUGGGUGUUCAAGGAGAACGGAGUGAUUCGUGUUUCUUCAGUGGAUCAUCACAGGAUCGGUGAAGACAAGCCUCCAGCAGCUUACACCAUCAUGGAGGACGUGAUUUAUUCCAUCACAGUUGAGAAACUCUCGGGUGAUAAGUGGGUACCCUAUGAAGCCAACGAUCUGCAGCUCGAGUUUGUUCGAAUUGAUCCAUUCGUCAGAAUGACGAUGACACCCUCGGGCUAUGGAAAAUACGAGGCACGAUUCAAAAUACCUGAUGUCUACGGGGUUUAUCAAUUCAAGGUCGAUUACAACAGGAUUGGACUCACUCAUUUGUACAGCACAACUCAAGUAUCUGUACGACCUCUUCAGCAUACUCAGUAUGAACGUUUCAUUCCAAGCGCAUAUCCCUAUUACGCCAGUGCGUUCUCGAUGAUGGGAGGGGUUUUCAUUUUCUCUCUAGUAUUCCUUCAUUAUAGAGACCCCCAAGUCAAGUCUAAAGCCGAGUGAAGAGUGGAGGGAUAAAUUUUAUAAGUGUGAAGCAUUGGGCGUGAGGAUACGGGGAGUAAUUUGGUACUUUUGACUUUUAAAUAGAAAUUUAUCAUUGAGAGGAAUAAAUUCAUGUAUUGGGCUCAUUCCACUCAUUUGCAAACAUUGAAAAACAAGUCAAGAGUCCAUUUUACCCCACUUUAUCCGGAUAAAUAAUAAAAAAAUCGUGAUACAGUUGUAAUGACAUACUAAAAACAAUGAAUUCACCGCCUCAGCUGUUUUUAAUGUUUUCGCAUAAACACAGUUCUUUAUAAAUGAA